CACGCUGACAACAUGAAGCUGAGACACCAUGUCGGCAAACUGCUGGUGUGUUGCAGUGUAUUGUGGGUAGUUGUGUCCUCCACCUCCUCUAAUGAAACAGCCUGCUGUUCUCCCCCUGAAUGUGACUCCAUGUUGGCGUUCUCCUCAAACAUCUCCCCCGUAUCUGAAGGAGGGGGGGACAUUCGCCGCAGGUCUCUGUGUACGUGGAAAUGGAGGUCGUCCACGGUGAAGAACCGGAUCCCAUCCACACUGUGGGAGGCCGAGUGCAGCAGCAGCUUGUGCUCCGGUCCAAACAAGCCCAGCUUGAACUCACUUCCCAUCUACCAGAGCGUCCUGGUCCUGCAUCGACAGCAGGGCGGCAGCUGCUACACCGCAUCGUUCCAGUCUGUGUCUGUGGGCUGUACCUGUGUCUGGGCCCAAACCAGCCAGAACUGA